ACCCCACAGCUGGAGACACAGCGGAGAGGACAGCCAAUCACCAUGAAGACCACCUCCCACUGUCUUGCCUUCUCCAUCCUCCUCCUCUUCCACCAUCUCCCCACCAUCUGCCCCCAGUGCCACCGUGCCGUUGGCAAAUCCUGCCAGGUCCCCCCCGUCCCCGGCACCGACAUUGUGGGUUCAGGUCUGGAUGUCACCACCAUGUCCCUCACCGAGGGCCAAGUGUUGGCCAUCACCAAACCCACCAGCAGGCACUGCGUUGUCUGCGUGGACCGUCUCCACGAAGGACGGUCCCUCCUCCUCUACAAUGGCAUCAGCAAGUGGCGAGCAGGGAGUAAGUGCCGGAAGAGGUCCUCGCUGGCCACUGGCAGGAAGUCCAUGAAGACGCUGGUGUCCCAGACAGAGAAGAUGGCGCAGAAUUGGAAAGUGGGGCUGAGGGUGGCCCUCCACCCGGGGAUGGGGGUUGCCCUGGCCGUGGCCGGGUCCCACUCACGGGUGGCGGAGUUCGGAAUGCAGAAGGAGCAGGAGGACCGCUACUCAUUCGCCAGCACUGAGCUGCACUGCGUGCACUACUGGAUCUCAGCUUCACACAAACCCAGACCAUCCUCCCACUUCCUCCAUGCUGUUCGAUCCCUCCCCCCCCACUACACCCCCACCACUGCCCCGGAUUACGCCGACCUCUUGGCUGCAUACGGCACCCACUACAUCCACUCGGCCCAACUGGGCGGCCUCCUCCGCUCCAUCACCGCCAUCCGUUCGUGCCGUGCCGCCAUGAUGGGCGCCGGCACCCAAGAAGUGGCUGAUUGUUUGAGUGCAGAAAUGACCGCCAACAUGAAGUCAGCCGCGUUCAGCGCCAUGUCCAGCGCGUGCCGCAAAGCCAAAUCCAAAAACAGUGCCCACAGUGCCUUCCAUCAACUCUUUGACGAACGGAUGGUGGAGGUGGAAGGUGGUGAGCAACAUGGCGACCUCCUCUACGGUCCACCAGAGAACUAUGCCAAGUGGUUGAGCUCCCUGCAACGCCUGCCUGGGUUGGUCGCCUCUAUUGUCAGGCCCCUGCACACCUUGCUGCCCCCCCAGGAUCCACGCCAGGCAGCACUGAAGGCAGCCGUCAGUCACUACAUCGCAUGGAGAGCGCUGAGGGUGAACUGCAGCCAACAGUGUGCUGGUCACAGUGCCGUUGGGUUGUGUCAGUGCGGGUGUGCAGCUAACAACGCGGUCAGUGCCGACUGCUGUUCCAAACACCGCGGGAUGGCGCAGGUGACAGUGACAGUGUUGGAGGGCAGUGGGUGGCGUGGUGACUUUUUCACCCCAACUGAUGCAUAUGUGCUGUUGUACUUCAAUGGUCAACGUGUACGAACAGCAACGGUGUGGAACAACAAUCGGCCCAGGUGGGGCGCACGGUUCGAUUUCGGGUGGGUGAUGCUACACCCACACCAAAAGAUGAAGGUGGAGGUGUGGGAUCAGGAUAAUGGGUGGAAUGACGACCGUUUAGGGGUGUGCGAAUUACCGGUGCAGGCCACAGGCAGACAGCAGCGCAACGUUGUGUGUUUUCCAGGAGGCGGUCACCUGAAGCUCAGCUACAGCGCGAUGUGUGGGCCAAGUCUGGGGGGUUCUGAAUGUUCAGAGUACAUUCCACAGCCCCCGAAAGGUCAGGGGGGGCUCUAUCGAUUGUCACAGUGGCCACCAAAGUCUGGAGAUGUUGGCCCUGUGGCAUGGCCACAGCACAAGGAGGGUGAGGAGGAGGAGCAGGAGGAGGAGGAAGAGGAGGAGGAGGAGGAGGAGCAGGAUAAUUUUUGGGAGGUACUGGGGGUUUCUGAGGACAAUAGGACAAUGGUUGAGGAUGAGGACCACCAAGAUCCAUCAUCAGAUCUCCAAAAUCCAUCAUUCAACCCUCAAAAUCUAUCAGUGGAUCUCAAGAAGGAUCCAGAUCCACGGAUUCCAUUUCCUCGCUACAGGGCAGCUCCUCCAGCCCCAUAACAUCCACCCUUCAUGUUGAUGGUGGACCCACACAUGGAGGCCUUUGGUCCUACAGCCUCAGCUACUGCCCCACAAGUUCUGGUGUCCCCCCACCUCUGGUAUAGUGUGAUCUGUGGGACCUACACAUUCCCCGCUCCCCUCAGCUCCAUAGCUGUGGGCAGGAUUAAAUGCUUUUUGCUGCAGCA